AUGUCGUCCUCCAGAGACGACCCCCCCGGCGUCGUCGUCGCCGCGGACGCGCCCGACCCCGGCCCCUCUGCCGCCGUUCUGGCCGCCCACAGUGCCACGGUCGUCUCGGAGCAUCUCCCCUCGAGCGAAUCGGCCGUCUCCGCCUUCCUGGCGGUCCCGCACUAUCCGAACGUCCUUGAGUUCCAUGAGGGGUCCGGCCAUCGAGCGCGACGACUUCGCCUACCCCCCGACCGCGUGCCCGACCCGGGCGCCCUGCCCAACCCGUCCUCGCCGUCCGGGGAGUGGUACCUCUCCGACUCGGAAAUGACGGACGCGCUGUCGGAGAUGGGUGGCGUCCCGCUGGAGCCCUACCUGGGCGGACACGUUGGUCUGGCCGCCCUCUCCCCAUUUGAAAACCCCCGCCCCGCGCCCAUCGCCUCCACCCUCUCCAGCGACACCGAGGAUGCGACCGACAUGAUCAUGGACUACGAGCCCUCGGUGGACGACCGGCUGACGACGUUGUCGGAGGAUGACGAUCCGGACGAUACGCACAAGUUCUACUCGGACGAUGGGGACUACGGGGACCUAGACGACGACCUCCGCGCCCGCCACGACACCAGCACGCUGUCGGAGGUCGACCUGGAGGAUUUCUACCAGGGAUACAGCCCAGGAUACGGUCCGCCGCUGUCAGACUUGGUGGGCUCGGUGCGCGACGACUACAGCAACGCAUUCUCGGAGGGCGAGGACUCGAGCAACGCCGAUCCGACGGGGGAACCGCAUUUUGCAGACCCGGUCGUGGGAACCACCCGCGAACGGAACCUUAACGUUGACCAAUUUAUCGCCCACUGGCUGUGCGCGUCGGCGGGCUCGAUGCCCAGCUUUUCCCAGUCGCCUGCACAACUGCCGCGCAGUGCCAUCGUGCAGCUGAUGGGGUGGAUCCCGCCGGCGCAGAUGAUACGACCGCCGGGGCUGACGCAGGACUUCGAUCUCCAGCAGAUCCCCUGGUGGGACACGCUGCGGAUCAAGCGGUCGUUUGCGCGGCUCCUGCGCGACCAAUCUUACACGUCAUACCACAACCUGGAGUACUCGGGGCAGCGGCCGGGAGCGCGGCUCCCGCAGGAGGAGGGAUACUUCCGGGGGAAGGCGAUGUACACAGAACACAAGGCCAGCAUCGAGCACUUCCAGCUGCGGAACCUGAUGUCGGUGGUGGCGUACAACACGGUGCACUUCGCGCACGAGUCCAAGGUGUACUCGUGGGUGCCGGCGUACAACGACCUGACGUGUCUGAUCGACCUGGCCAGCCCGGCGGUGGAGUCGGGGCUGGCGGGGCCGGUCAAGAUCUCGACGAUGAAGUCGGCGCACGACCUGACCAUCGCGGGGGGGUUCUCGGGGGAGUACGCGGUGCGGGGGGCGGGCGCGGCGGCGCAAGGCUACGUGACGAAGGACCCGAACGGGAUCACCAACCACAUCGACAUCGUGCCGAGCCGGACGAAAUGCUCGCCGAUGGGCAUCUUCGCAUCCAACGACCGCCACCUGCGGGUGCUGGACUGCGAGACGAACACCUUCGUGCUAGACCACGAACUGUCCCGCGCCAUCAACUGCACCUCCACCUCGCCCGACGGCCGCCUCCGAGUCCUAAUCGGCGACUCGUCCGACGCCUGGGUCGUCGAAGCCGACACCGGCCGCCCCGUGCACCCCCUCCGCGGACACCGCGACUUCGGGUUCGCCUGCGCCUGGUCGCCCGACAUGCACCACAUCGCGACCAGCAAUCAAGACAAAUCGGUGAUCAUCUGGGACGCGCGCACGUGGGGGAUGAUCCAGAAGAUCGAGUCGGACGUCGCGGGGUACCGGUCCCUGCGGUGGUCGCCCGUCGGCGGCGGCCCGCGCACCCUGCUGCUGUGCGAGCCGGCCGACCGCAUCGCCAUCGUCAACGCGCAGACGUACCAGAGCCGCCAGGUGCACGACUUCUUCGGGGAGAUCGGGGGCGCGGACUAUGCCCCAGACGGCAGUUCCAUCUGGGUCGCCAACACGGAUGAACACUUCGGGGGCUUCCUAGAGUAUGAGCGGCGACAGUGGGGGCAACGGUUUGGGCUGCGCGAUCGCGCGAAUGAAUGGGUGAGGGGGGCUGGACUGGACGAGGAUCCGCGGUGCUUGUUGAGUGAGCGCGAGCGGCAGUUACGGUUCUUGUGGAAUACGAGUGAUGAGGAGCAUGAGAUGUUGCUGCUUUAGCAGCAGCAGCAGUGAGUUGAGUUGAGUUGUGUUGGGCUGGAGCUGCAGCUGUUGUAGUGGGUUGUUGAUGGUGACAGGGAUUGGAUGGGAUGUGAUGGGAUGGUGUGCAUGGGCGGAGCUGUGAUUUAGCGUAGAUACCACUUGUUUAUCUGUUAGUCUGCAUACCAAAUGGACAUACUACUCAUU